AUCAGAGUUCCCAAGUGCACGACUUCCUGAAUAUGAUAGAUUUAGCCGGCAACGAAAACCUCAAAGAGAGCGGCGCAAUUGGGGACCGUGCAGAAGAAGCAAAGGCGAUAAACAAAAGUUUAUCCGCUUUCACUGGUGUCAUUCAAGCGCUUGUACAGAAGAAUACACACGUACCCUACAGAGAAUCACUACUUACACACCUUCUCCAGCCUUGUCUCGAGGGGGACUCAAAAACUUUGAUGGUGGUCAACAUAUCUCCUUCUCUAGAGUCGGUGCGUCACUCAGUAAAGUCUUGCAGCCACAGUUAAUGCAUGUGUUGUUACUCGUAAGAACGAUGUUGCUGGUGAUGG